AUAAGGAUUUGGGAAAAGUAGAAAAGACCUUCUUCCACCAAAAAAAUUACUUUCCCAUUUCGUCUCUUGUCUGCUAUUUUGGUCUUCCUCUUAUCAAUACUGAAUGAAGCUGAGCUUUGAUUUUCUGAUGUUAACUGGCGUCAAGAAGCCUUGAAACGUCUGACUGUGCCACAAGAGCAAGACUUCUAUUUUAAGUUGAAAUAUAAUCAGUCUUAUUUACAAGCUUCUCAAUUGUAGUUGCUAGAAACUGAACAGCCACGUUCACCUGAAUAGUUCAGGUGGUCGGAGAUUCAAGGAAGCUUCAUUCUGUUCUUCACAUUGUCUUUUACUUUCGCCAAUUACGUAUUUUUCACAUUGUCUUCAUUGGCUUUCUCUGUUCGUUUUUACAGGAAGCAGUUUGUGAGUGAAUGGUUAUGGUUACUUCUCUUGCGAUUGAAGACGAACUGAGAAAUCGGAAUCUGCCUUACACCGAACGGUAAAUUCUCCAUAUUUUGAUCUUUUGGUCAUUUUUCAACUCAUAAAAAAAGUAGUCCGGCAGUUUGAAUAGCGCACGCAUCCGAGUUCAAAUUCUCUGCGUGUCGUCCUACCUUAGCUUACAGUGUGGACUCGAGGGUCCGUUGAGUUCAACGUUGCGGGUAUACCCCUGAAUCCCUGAUCCGGUUUACCAACUAAUCCAAGAACACAACAGUUGCGUGCCAGCUCCAUUGCGUACAGUCUGGAGAUCGUACAGUGUGAGAAAUUGCUGAAAUGGGGAAUUUGUUUCAUAUAUUUCUACUUCUGAUCCCCGUUUUUAUAAGGGUGGCUGCAGCAAACCGUAAUCCCAUGAUUGCCUUAUCUACCCAACCCGAACUGAAGACAUCGACCAAAUCCGCAUCCGACGGGAAUCUUAAUUACCGGCCGGUCAUCGGAAUCGUCAGUCAUCCCGGAGACGGAGCUAAUGGCCGCCUCAGUAAUGCUACCAACGUUUCCUACAUUGCUGCUUCUUACGUCAAGUUCGUUGAGUGUGCUGGUGCUAGAGUCAUUCCUCUUAUUUAUAACGAGCCCUCCCAUAUUCUCAUACAAAAACUCAAUUUAGUUAAUGGUGUACUGUUCACUGGAGGAUCUUCCAAGAAGGGACCGUACUUUGAGGUUGUCAAGGGAAUUUUCCAGAAUGUCUUAGAGAAGAAUGAUGCAGGAGAUUAUUUCCCUCUUCUUGCUAUCUGUUUAGGUUUUGAACUUUUAACAAUGAUUAUCACAAAGGACAAUAACAUUCUUGAGUUGUUUAAUGCAACUAACCAAGCAUCUAAACUACAAUUCUUGGAGGGUGCCAGUUUUGAAGGAACCCUCUUUCAGAGGUUCCCUUCUGAGUUGCUAAAAAAGUUGAGUGAGGAUCGCCUUGCCAUGCAACAUCAUCGCUAUGGCAUUUCACCAGAAACAUUUCGAGCAAAUGCAGACUUGUGUAACUUUUUCAGGAUGUUGACAACAUGUGCUGAUAAAGAUAAUAAGGUCUAUGUCUCUACAGUUCAAGCAAAGAGCUACCCUGUAACCGCGGUACAGUGGCACCCAGAGAAAAAUGCUUUUGAAUGGGGCUUAUCUCAGAUUCCACACACAGAAGAUGCAAUUCAAGUGACUCAACAUGUUGCCAACUACUUUGUUAGUGAAGCAAGGAAGUCUUUAAACAGACCAGAUGCUCAAAGAGUGCUUGACAACCUUAUAUACAACUACAGUCCUUCUUAUAGUGGGAAGGCGGGGAGAGGUUAUGAUGAGGUUUACAUCUUCACUCAACAAUCGGGCCUAAGUUCUUUUCAGAUGUAAAUACUUUGUAAUAUGAAUCUAAUCGAUUAUAUAACAACGGAGUACAUAAGAGCUCUCUGUGUUUAUGUGUAAGGCAUCAGAUCUGUACAGCUUCUACAUAAUAAAAAUUUCGAUGUUUCAAUGGAAA